AUGCACGUUGUGUGUGUGCAUGUCAGGGAGUCUGGUCAGCACGUUCAUGGCGAGUUCUUUUUCGAGGAGCAUUAUUCGAAAUCCAAAACGCACGUGCAAGUUCUUCAAGGGGCGCCGCGUGUGCCGUAUCUACAUGGUAUCACUGUUCCAAGCCGUGCAAAAGAUGCGUAUGUCAGGGCGGUGUCACAUCUGUGCCUUUUCAAACCACAUCGCUGCUGUCGGAGUGAGUUUUGCGGUCGUCCGGCUGCUGUCGAUUAUUUCCGAUGUGCCACGGUGUCGUUGGAUUGGAAGGUCGCAGAGGCUGAGUUGCAAACCUUGGCGGAUCGUGCGGAUGUGAAAUUGACGGCGGCGCGCCGAUGUGCGACGGUGGUUGAUUUGGAUUCCGUGCGGACGUUUCAUCUACCUGAGCAUGAAUCCAAACUUCCAAUGUGCGAGUGGCUGUCGAAACUGCUGCGCACGUCUGAAUUCCUUUUUCGAUGUGUUUCCAAGCGCACCGUGCGGAUGCGGCGAAAACAGAACUUGCGUGGAUCUCUGAGAUGCAUGCCAAAGUUCAGCUCGCGGGUGGUAGAGUGUAUCCUGGACUAUGUCGGUUUUGUGGUGAGCGACAACGCGGAGCCGAUCAUUCUGGCUUCUUGUCCGAGUCAGUUGAUAGCUUGCCGUGAGCUAUGCGGACGAGAUGCGCUUGUUGUUUCUUGUGGCUGGCAUCCUGAGCAACUGUCUGCUGCGGAAUACAAUGGCUACAUUUGCCGGAAUGUCAGCGCUAAUCUGGACAUGAUGUGCGAGGCCCGCAGUCGUCCGCGACCGGGUCUACUUCAUCCGAACGCUGCGACAGACGAGAAGGCGGACGUCGGACUUCCGGGUGACGUGGUCGAAGAGGAGUAUGGCGAU